UACAGACCAAAAAAAUGGCUGCGCCCUUGGAGAAAUUUCACGUCAGUUGCAGUAUCAUCAUUUGAGCGGAAAUAUCCCGAACUGGAUGUUAUAAUAUAGAAGUAAAAGAUGAGGAACUUAAAGUUACUGUCCAAUCUACACCAGCAAGUUGAAAAUGCUCGCAGCGCCCGGCAUCUGGCAGUCAACUUUGACAAUGGAGUCAUCUACUGUGCCUCGGACAGACAUGUCACAGGGUUUGACCCUGUCUCUGGUCAGGUAGAUCUGCAAGUAUCCCUAGAUAGCGUUGAGGAUGUGGACAGGGCAGCCCGGGUUGUCGGGCUCCACCACCUGGCGGAGGACUGUGCCCUCUGUGUUGCCACUAGCACCGGAGAUAUCCUCCUUGUCAACCUUGACACCACACAGGUAGAGGGUGUGGGCAGUGUUGCCUCUGGUGUCACCGCCAUGGGUUGGAGUCCUGCAUCAGAGAUUGUCUGCAUCACAACAGGUGAUGAAACUUGCAUCAUGAUGACACGGGAGUUCGACCCUAUAACUGAGAUGUCUCUGCACCCUGGGAAGUCUGGUGAAGCGGAGUUUGUGCAGGUUGGCUGGGGAAAGAAAGAAACCCAGUUUCAUGGCUCAGUUGGCAAACAGGCUGCACAAGUCAAGGCUGAGGCUAUGAAGCCAGUUACAGACUGGGAUGAUCGUUGUCCUCGAGUCACCUGGCGAGGGGACGGCAUGUUCUUUGCCAUUGGAUCCAUUCAUCCAGACACUGGUGCCCGUCAGGUGUGUGUUUGGAGUAGGGAGGGAGUUCACCAUUCCACAAGUGAAAAUGUGGACGGCAUUGAACAGUCACUGGCAUGGAGGCCAAGUGGAAGUUUGAUAGCAACAUCGCAGCGCAGACCUAACAAACAUGACAUUGCUUUCUUUGAGAAGAAUGGUCUCCGACAUGGAGAAUUCACAUUACCUUUUAAACCAGACGAAAUCAAGGUGGUCGAGGUCUGUUGGAACUCAAGCUCCACUGUGCUGGCUGUCUGGUGUGAGGACAUAGACAACAAGAACAGCUAUGUCCAGCUAUGGACAACUGGUAACUACCACUGGUACCUGAAGCAAAGCCUACAGUUCCCCGGGGGUGAGGGGCAUGUCAGAGGGGUUACCUGGGACCCUGAGCAUGAGUUUAGGCUGCAUGUUCUGGCGGGGGCUGGAGGAUACCUUCAAUACACGUGGGCCUGGACCACCUCAAACAGUCAAGGCAGAACGGGGGAUGACCAGGCUAUUGUGGCUGUCAUUGAUGGAGCAUCAGUGUUGAUGACUCCAAUGCGAGACAUGAUAGUCCCUCCCCCGAUGUGUGCCUACAAAUUAGAGCUGCCUGCCCCUGUCAAUCAGGUUGUUUUUGCCCCGCCCCCUCACUCCAAUGAUUUGGCAGUGGUACUUAUCGAUAACAGGAUUGUUAUCUACAGGUUUGAAGGAAAGCCAGCAGGUGAGGGGGUGAAGGUGGAGGCAGCGGGAGGUAAUGGCUUCAAACACUGCUGCCAAUUCCCCACUCUGCAGGGAAUAUACAGUAUAACUGGCCUGGAGGAAACCUCCAGCUACCCCCUGUGUCUGUCCCACUUCACUUGGGUGGGCGAUGAUGUGAUUGUGUUCUCAACUGUCACCAUGGAUACCUGCCCCAGAUCUGUGCUACACAAGGCCAGGAUAGGGGACAGUGCAAUCACUGUGGAGAGGAGCUGUCCAGUGGAAUCUCAGAUAUUUGGGGUGGCAUUUGACCCAAACUCCCUGGCUGUGGCCAUCCAGCUGAUGGAUGGUUCUCUCCUUAAAUAUGACCACAACGAUGAUAUGGUGUUGCCAUGGGAGACAAGCAAGGGAGAGGAAGUACAGUUUGUAGUUCCCUGCUCCAGUAUGGCCGUCUGUGAUAUAGGAGGAGAGGAAGUUGUGCUGGGCUUGACACAGAGAUACAGGUUCUACGUCAAUAAUAUUGAGAUCGCCUCCAACUGCACGUCCAUGAUGGUUCAUGAUGAAUUUCUGUUACUGACCACACUUCAACACACCUGUAGGUGCAUCAGUAGACACACACCUGUUAAAGACCUGCCGACCCUGUCUGAUGGCAAAGCCCAUCCAUUUGAUGAGAGUAUCCGUCGUGUGGAGCGGGGAUCCCAGAUAGUGAUUUCCGUCCCUGAUGACACAAAGCUUGUGCUGCAGAUGCCUCGCGGUAACCUGGAAACCAUCCACCCUCGAGCCCUCGUGCUCACUGCUGUCAGAAAACAAUUAGACAAGUUACAGUUCAACGAAGCAUUCACUAUUAUGCGUAAGCACCGUAUCAACAUGAACCUGUUGAACGACCACAACCCAGAGGUGUUCACUGCCAAUGUGGGGCUGUUUGUACGCCAGGUGGCCAACGUGAACCACAUUAAUCUCUUCCUCACUGAUCUCUUGGAGGAGGAUGUUACAGUGACGAUGUACACAGCUGCCUAUGAGAGGAACAAGUCUGUGUUACCAGGAGGCUUGAAUACCCAGGAGCAGGGGAAAAACAAGAUCAACACUGUUUGUGACGCAAUCAGACAAGCUCUCAUUGACAUUGAUGAAAACCAGUACCUGUUGUCAAUUCUUACAACUUAUGUGAGGAAGACCAAACCAGAGUUGGAGGAGGCUCUACACAUUGUCAAGAAACUAAGAGAGUUGCCUGUGAACCUGCCCCAUAUCAGCGCUGAGGAGGCCCUCAAAUACCUGGUUUUCCUGGUUGAUGUUAACGAGCUCUAUGACAUUGCUCUUGGCACAUACGACUUCAACCUUGUUCUUAUGGUUGCAGAGAAAUCACAGAAGGAUCCGAAGGAAUAUAUUCCCUUUUUGAACGAUCUCAGGAAGUUGGAAACAAACUACCAGAGAUUUACAAUUGAUAAGCACCUGAAAAGAUAUGAAAAGGCUCUAACUCAUAUAGUAAAAUGUGGUCCUGAGCAUUUCCAGGAGUGUUUGAGUCUUGUAAAUGAACAUAAGCUACACACUCAGGCCCUGCAGCUGUAUCCCCCAUCAUCUUCACAAUAUAAGGAGAUAGCCAAUGGGUAUGGUGAUGUGUUGGCAGAGAAGCGUCGUCAUGACGAGGCAGCCAUCAUGUAUGUGAAGGGAGAGAACUGGGAGGCUGCUUUGUCCUCUUACCUUGCCUGUCACCAAUGGCAACAGGUGUUCUGCAUGACUGCACACCUCAAAUACUCCUCAGACAAAGAGGCUGAAGUAGCCAGAAAAUUAGCAGAGGAGUUGAAGGGUCGUAGCCGGUGGGGGGAUGCGGCAGUGGUACAGGAGCAAUACGCUGGGGAGGUUGAGGAGGCCAUUGUCACCCUAGUUCAGGGCAGCCUCUGGGACGAGGCACUCAGGCUGAUGCACAAGUACAAGCGUACUGACUUCAUAGAGACGGACCUGAAGCCGCAGCUGUUGGAGAGUGUGGAGGGUCUCCAUGGCAACCUAGAGCAGACGAGAAACACUUUCCUCAAACAGAAGGCCCGUCUGGCAGUGGUCAGGCAGGAGAAGGAGAAACAAAGGCUGGAACUCAUAGAGUCAGGGGGAGUGUGUGGUGGCCAGGACAGUGACCUGUUCUCAGACACGAGCAGUGCAACAGGGGAGAGCAUCCAGUCAUCUACACCCUCCACCUCAUCCUCUGUCUACAGCAAGAUGUCUGGACGAUCUGUAAAGAAUCGAAGGAAAUUAGAGCACAAGAAAUGGAGGUUGAAAGAAGGGAGUGAAUUUGAGGACUUUGCCCUUAUUGCCUCCCUUGCAAAGAGCAUUAAAUAUGUUGAUGAUCUUAGAGAUGAAGUUCGAAGUUUGGUGCGAGCGUUGGUGAUGUUUCAUUAUGACAAGCGGGGAGAGCAGCUACAGAGAGAUUAUGAUGCCCUGCUCAUCCUCCUGGACCAGUCCAUUCCUGAAAUCUGGAUAGAUGAAGACAAGGACACAGAGUUCAAACCAGUGUUGGGCCCCACAAUGACGGCCAACGCCAUAGCGCUGUCAGUGCAGCAGGGCAGGUCGGUACAGACUGCCGCUGACAAGGAGGAAACCACAGAUCCAGUUGUCAGAUUUGCUCCAGUGUUACAAAAGGAGAAAAGGUGGAAAUUGUAUGCCUUGGAAACCUGAGCAUAGUUACUAUAUUCUGCUGCCUACUGGCAGUGUGGUGUUAAGGGAGUGGUUCAGAAUGCAAUAUAACAUUAAUAAUAAUACAGUGUAUCUAAAUUAAGUUUCACUGUUAUACAUUAUGAUGUAUGUAUUUGAAUAAAUGUGUAACUGUA